AGCUGGUCAGCACUGACCUUCGGAUGUUUCUCGGCAGGAACCAAUACAAUCACCAUCUAUCCUAAAAUUAACAGGAAAAUAAAAAAUAGAAAUAUUUUGCUGAAACUAAUUUUGGGGAGAUCUGUGGGAGUAGGAAGAAUUGAAAGGAAACUGAUUAUCCUCUUUCCAUUCGUUCACCUUCUGGUUCUGCGAAGCGAAGCUGAUGAGAGAUCGUUGGAUGAAUAUAUAAUUAAAUUGGUUUGUUUGAUGGGCAACACAUGCCGUGGAUCUUUGAAAGGGAAAUAUAUUCAGGGCUUCAGCCAGCCCGAAGACCAUUCCAAGCGCAACACUCAUUCUGAUCGCCCUGACUCCGAACCCCAACCAACCAAACAACAUCCCAAUUCUGCUGAAAACAUUAACAACGACUACAACAACAACAACAACAAUAACAACAAUCUACCCUUCAACUCCAGGAAAGACGCCAUCAUGCGCCGAGGCCUCGAUAGCCAAGCGUAUUAUGUCUUGGGCCAUAAGACUCCCAACAUUCGUGAUCUAUACACUCUUGGCCGUAAAUUAGGACAGGGACAAUUUGGCACCACUUAUUUAUGCACCGAGAAUUCUACCUCCAUUGAGUAUGCAUGCAAAUCCAUCUCCAAAAGGAAGUUGAUUUCCAAGGAGGACGUGGAGGACGUUAGGCGGGAAAUUCAGAUAAUGCAUCAUUUAGCUGGUCACAAGAACAUCGUCACCAUCAAGGGUGCUUAUGAGGAUCCACUCUAUGUUCAUAUUGUCAUGGAGCUUUGUUCUGGCGGUGAGUUGUUUGAUCGCAUCAUCCAGAGGGGCCACUAUACGGAGCGGAAGGCUGCAGAAUUGACCAAAAUUAUUGUUGGGGUUGUCGAGGCAUGUCAUUCCCUUGGCGUUAUGCAUAGAGAUCUCAAGCCUGAAAACUUUCUGUUGGUCAAUAAAGAUGAUGAUUUCUCUCUUAAAGCAAUUGACUUUGGCCUCUCUGUUUUCUUCAAACCAGGUCAAGUUUUCACUGAUGUAGUUGGCAGUCCAUACUAUGUUGCUCCUGAGGUUCUCCUCAAGCAUUAUGGACCUGAAGCAGAUGUGUGGACAGCGGGUGUCAUACUGUACAUAUUGCUUAGUGGUGUGCCACCAUUUUGGGCAGAAACCCAGCAGGGUAUAUUUGACGCUGUAUUGAAAGGACAUAUAGAUUUUGACUCCGAUCCAUGGCCUCUAAUAUCAGAUAGCGCAAAAGAUCUGAUUAGAAAGAUGUUAUGCUGUCGGCCUUCAGAACGACUGACUGCUCAUCAAGUGUUAUGUCAUCCUUGGAUAUGUGAAAAUGGAGUUGCACCUGACAGAGCACUUGACCCUGCUGUUCUUUCUCGCCUUAAACAGUUUUCUGCAAUGAAUAAGCUAAAGAAGAUGGCUUUGCGGGUAAUUGCCGAAAGUCUCUCAGAAGAGGAGAUUGCUGGUUUAAGAGAAAUGUUUCAGGCCAUGGAUACUGAUAACAGUGGUGCAAUCACUUUUGAUGAACUGAAAGCUGGUCUAAGAAGAUAUGGGUCUACCCUUAAGGACACAGAAAUACGCGAUCUUAUGGAAGCGGCUGAUGUGGACAAAAGUGGAACCAUAGAUUAUGGGGAGUUUAUAGCUGCAACAGUUCAUCUCAACAAACUAGAGCGUGAAGAACAUCUUAUUGCAGCAUUCCAAUAUUUUGACAAAGAUGGUAGCGGUUAUAUUACAGUUGAUGAACUUCAACAAGCUUGUGCAGAACAUAACAUGACAGAUGUUUUUCUUGAAGAUAUUAUAAGGGAAGUUGACCAAGAUAAUGAUGGAAGGAUUGAUUAUGGUGAAUUUGCUGCCAUGAUGCAAAAAGGCAACCCUGGAAUUGGUAGGAGGACCAUGCGCAACAGUCUGAAUUUGAGCAUGAGAGAUGCAUCAAGUGCUCAAUAGCUUCUAAUUGUGCUCAUUAUGUACAGGUACUUUUGGCUUGGGGUAAAAUAGAGCUGUCAUUAGUCAAUACCCUCAAAUGUGAUGGAUGGCAAAUUUUUUCCUAUAAUUGCUUAGAUCCCACUGCUUUGAUUUCUAAAAUUCCAAUUAAACACUUCCUUUUUAUCUUCAGCCAGUGUGCUUGGUUCCUACAAUUACAAGUGCUUUUAUGGCGGUGUUUAGAAAUAUUGACAGGGAAUGAAAGGUUAAUUAUACUAUUACGAAUAUAGAUGGAAAUAACAAAUUCAGAUUCUGUGUAGAGGAAGAGCACAAGGGGCAGGAAGAAGAUAGGAUUAAGAAUUUGGAUCUGGCACCUUUUAAGCUAGGAAUACACUUCAGCAAUUUAAGUGCAAAGUUAUAACCAUUUACUGAAAAAUCAAUGGUUGAUGUUGUGAUGAAAUACAUGCACAUGUACAACAACUUAUAAAGUGAAAAUUUCAAUCAACAGUUGUAACUUUGUGUUUUACCCUUUAUGGUGCAUCAUUUGCUUUAGAGAAAUCAAUUCCUAAGAAUUUACUAUCUUCUGAGUGAAUCUAUUAAUAGAACAGUUAUCACUCAGAUUUUACCAAAGAUGAAAAAUUAGACAUACUUCUGUCUCGCAAAGGUUCUUCAGUAAAAGAGAUGAUGCAACGAAAGAGACAUUCUUGCCAUGUUUCUUUUCUAAUUUUUUGGGGGCUGGGGUUAUAUAUAUUUGAUAUCUGAAUUUGGGAAUAUAAGAAGUAUUAUUUCUAUCGAAGUAUGGACGGAGCUAAGAUGCAGGUGCAAGUAUUCUUAAUCAAUGGGCGUAUAUGGUAAAAAUAAUGUUUUUAAGGUUUUAGGUUGGCUGGAGUUAUGGAAGUAUAAAUUGAAGUUGCCAUGCUAACCAACUGGCCUACGAACCUCUUGUAAUUAUUUGUAUGGUAGCAAUAGUUUUAUAAGAAAGAUGUAAUCCCAAGACUGAACUUGGGGUGGGAGCGGGACUCCCAUAUAGGCAUUUUUGUAAAUAUAGUUCCAGUCAUUAUUCUUGGUUCUGCUUCUUGUGAAAGUUCCAGAACCAAUAUCUGUUGCUGAAUAAUGCAUCUCAAAUUCUCUCUGUAUAGUUUAUAUGUGGCAGUUUGCUAAAACAAAUGUUAACUGAACAGUUUUUGACGUUGUAUUACUCUCAAUGUUAACGUCAACCGUCCUAUAUUCUGGUAUGCAAUUUUGGCAGGUUGUAUGCAGCGCAAGUCAGUAAGAGAAAACUAAAGCAUAGAUCUUUACAAAAAAAUUGUUUCAUAUCCUGCUGAGAGAUCCUUUGGCAUGAAGAACAAUCAGGAUUGUGGGUGCUCUCGCAUAAGCACUUAUCAAGUGUUACAUUUAUGUGCUGAAUGACUGCAGAAAUUGGUUCUCGCUUUGUAAACUUCAGUGUUAAAGUGUUAACAGCUAUUUCAUGUUGAUCUGUUAUUUUUCUGUGCUUUCAUGUAGGGGAACUCUGUCUAUAGUUGAAGUAGAAGGAUUUUGAUCUUUCAGGUUUUUUAUUUCACGGAUGUAAAGUUUCACACGCAUGGACAUGAUGUAUUGGGCGAACUAAAAAGCCUAUCUGGAUUAUGUCGGAGCACAUGCAUUGUGUUAAAGUGAUAGUGGAAGCAUAUUAUUUCCCAGCUGGAUUUUUCUUGCCUAAACAAAUAUUAAAUCCAUGCUCUUAAUAAAGUUACAUU